AAUCGCAUUGACACUCAUAUCGACGUUCACGCCAGCCAAAGCCUCUCUCGUGGCGGCAGUCUUGGAAGACAAAAAGACCGGGGACGGGCCGGACUCAGCUCUUGACGUUUUGAGAAGCCUUAUGCAGAGCUCCUCGGAGGAUACGCAGGGCAUCAGGGAGAAUUGCAAAGUCUUAGCCGAGCAGCUGACUCUGCUCCUCUCUGAUAAUUCCGCAAAGCCCAUCAUAUCUGGCUUAAUCAAUGCAUGAAUCGUCGUAUCGCCCCCAGUGCCAAAUGUUUUGACCUCCACCUUUCAAGACCCCAUCUUUUGAUCGUCCACUCUCUCAUGACCUUGAUCGCCCUUGGUUCCAAUGUUUUCGGCAACUUGGAUCCCACCAGUCAGAACGAGAUUCUGUCUCCAACCGAUAUCACUGUUAAGACAGGAUGCGAGAAAGUCAUCUGGCACAGUUUCACCUUGACCGUUGGAAGAGACAAAUUCGUAUAUACUCUGGACGGCCGGCGGUCAAAAAAUGAAUGGAACGACGUGGUUGUCACUGGCCUGGGAGGAGUCUAUGCUUGGUACAAGGACAGUAUCUAUAUGUGCGACCAGAUGGAGGCUUUUCUCGAGGCCGCGCAUGAUGAACCUACCCUCACACAUCCACUUCUGGCGACUUCGAAAGGCAAGUUGUACGCGGCGGAAUCUCGCGUUUUCCUAGUGCUCGAUGGGCCUGCUCAGCACCUCUUUGAGAUCGACCACGGGGAUCUCAGACAAAAUGCAGCUCCUAGACUACGAUUGAUAGAGGAGUUCGAAGGUCUCAGAUUCACCUUCAUAUCCGGCACGAGGAACCGCUUUGGCGUAGUCACUGAAGCUGGUGAUUUUUACUUGAUCGAUACGAGAUCCAAGGAUCCGGAGUUGGUUGAGUUGGCCGAGGAGGUCCGAUUGGCUGGAGUUGGAUCGAGGUUUGAAGUGGUAGUGACGGAGACCAAAGUCCUUACUCGAGAUCUGAACCUAGGAGAGACUGAGGUGCAACAUUCUCCGACUUGGGUCGAAGUCGAUAUUGAUCCCAAAUCCAUCCAGGCUAUUCACACAUCUCGCAGUACAGUGAUUUUUGAUGCAUCAUAAUGCGACUCCCGCGCCAGCCUUGACCUGAUCG